AUGGGGUACCUGGACAACCAAAACGAGUCCCAGCCAGAGUGCUGGCGUGGGCCCCGGAGCAGGAAGGCUGUGCGCAGGUUCUCCUCCCUGUUCCUGCGAGGGGAUGGCAGCCAGCACCUCGACAGCCCAACCAAGCUCAGCAGCUGCUCCUCCCUGCGAUGUGGCCCUUGUUUAAGGAUAGCCCCAGCUUUCAAUGCUCUGAGUAACAAAUACCCCCAGGCAACUUUUUUGGAAGUAGAUGUACAUCAAUGCCAGGGAACAGCAGCUACCAAUAAUAUAUCAGCAACACCAACAUUUCUGUUUUUCCGAAACAAAGUGCGAAUUGACCAAUAUCAAGGAGCAGAUGCUGUAGGUUUAGAAGAAAAAAUUAAACAGCACCUGGAGAAUGAUCCUGGAAACAGUGAAGAUACAGAUAUCCCAAAAGGAUAUAUGGAUUUAAUGCCAUUUAUCAAUAAAGCCGGCUGUGAAUGUCUUAAUGAGAGUGAUGAGCACGGAUUUGACAAUUGUUUACGUAAAGACUCUACCUACUUGGAAUCAGACUGUGAUGAGCAGCUGCUUAUUACUGUAGCUUUUAGUCAGCCUGUCAAACUUUAUUCUAUGAAACUUCAGGGGCCAGAUAAUGGGCAAGGUCCAAAGUACAUAAAAAUCUUUAUCAACCUGCCUCGAUCUAUGGAUUUUGAAGAAGCAGAAAGAAGUGAACCAACUCAAGCCCUGGAGCUGACACCAGAUGAUAUUAAAGAAGAUGGCAUUGUCCAGCUUCGCUAUGUAAAAUUUCAGAAUGUUAACAGUGUAACUUUGUUCGUCCAAUCCAAUCACGGAGAUGAAGAGACAACAAGAAUUACCUAUUUCACGUUUAUUGGAACUCCAGUCCAAGCAACAAAUAUGAAUGACUUCAAGCGAGUAGUUGGCAAAAAAGGAGAGAGCCACUAGGAUGCAAAAGACACUGGAAGGCCUUAUCGCAAUCAGAGAUCUUCACUUUUACCUACAACUCCUGGAUAAUUGCUUGACCAUAACUAGAGACUGUCAAUCUGUUUCAUUUAAUGCCAUUACCAAUAAAUCAUUGCUUU